AUGUCUCUUAAUCUCAGACCGCCCCCGCGUCCCCGGCGACGACGACGGGACAGCGACCAGUCCUCGUCGUCGUCUACAAGCUCAGAAGAGACGAUUGUAUCCAGCCAGACGGAUCGGUAUGGCCGGCCGAUUGCCCAGGACGAUGUUCAUUUGCGCGCACCGAUAAUCCUCGCACCAACACAGAUCAACCCGCUCGUCGAGGCUGACCAGCUCGAUACAGAGCUGACCAGCAAGACGUGGCGCCUCGCGACGACGGGCAAGGACAGACUCGUCGAUGGGCGCCGCUAUGAAAAUGCACUUUGGAGGCUAUGGGCGCAGCAGAGACUGGGAAUCAGACGAAUUGAUGGUUCAGAUUUUGAUUGGAAUCAGCUGCUCGAAUGGAACCACCGCGCGCUCCUGGGUCCCGUCGUCAUCUCACAUGAAACAGCCCACUCCAAGGAAGAACUUGCACUCGCAUACAGCGUCGAUGCCACCCCGCUCGAUUAUCCUCCAACAGCCACUAUCGCAUCAUCCACGAGUUCCGAUGGUUCGCCUUUGACAAGCGACGCGUACAGGUCCAGUUACGGCACGAGCUCGGCCCAGCACAUUUCAUCCCAUGAACCAGACCGCACGUCAAACUCAAAGUUUAUCUCGCAUACCCACCAACGACAACAAGAUGCGGCCGCAGAAGAGGAACAACCGCCCGCGUGGAAUGUUCGAUCCGUGCUGUCCUAUAUCCGCAACGCAUCCCCGGCACGGAACCUCUUUUCUUCAAGUUAUUUCGCGCCGCAGACAGGGCCUACCAACAGUCACGGCCACGCCUCGUCUUCGUCUUCGUCCACCGGCCCUGGUACCCCGCCAGCGGCUCACUCGUACAAUGGCAACGUCAUUAUGCUCGAAGAUGGCACCCUACUGCGACCAUGCAUCACUCGCCGGGUCAGCUCGAGUAGCGAGCGCUCUUGGUCGACGACCAAAUCAUCCGUGUCCCCUGCGAGCGAACGUCGUCAGUACGUCGGCGGUGCGCAGGGUCGAAUGGUCAAAUUCAACAAUUGCGUGACCAGAGGUGCCUAUACGGUCGAGCGUGCCGAUGGGUCGCGGGAACAAGAGCAUGCAUUGGACGAGGAUGACGAUCAAGAGGAUCAUGUGGACGAACGAUAUUCUCCGCCGUUUGUGGAAGAGGCCAUUGACGAAGAGGAGAGUGAACACGGCGAGGACGAAGAAGAAAACGAAGAGACGCCAGUCGAGACGCCCGCGCUCGGUGUGCUAACCGCGCUCAACAAUGCACUCGUCCAUCUCCCACCACUGCCUAUCCCGAAUUGGUUGCGCGUCCCAGGCAUCUCGACGCCGCCGCUCCAUGCCAGCAAUAUCAGCACGCCGCCCGUCAUGUCGACUCCACCAGUCCAUGGAGGAAACAUUGAGCUCUUGCCGCCUACGCACCUUUGUCCUGUUGCCGAGGUGGACGAAAGAGGGCACACGGUCGUCUUUGUCCCGCCAGAGGGCAUGGAAGAGCUAUGCGAAGACGAUUUGGUACCUCUUCCGCCUAAAGCGGGUGAAGAGUAUGAGGAUGCAGAUGCGGGUCGUGGGAGGACGUUGACACGGAGUAGUCGGUCGCGGUCGAGUUUGGACCUGACGUUGCAUCCUGACGAGGAGGAUGCGGUGGACGAGAUGGAGGUCAAAUUGGCCGAGCUCGGUGCUGUGGGUGCUGCUCCACGGAGACUGUCGGGCAGCACAGACCUGACGACGGAGAGUGGAGAUGGACAGGAGAAGGAGAGUGACGCACAGUCUGAGCCAGAAGGUGUUGCGUCGAGGAGGAGUAAGCGAAGAAAAGCAAAGUCGACUUUUAUCCUUCGCGAAGAGGAUGAAGAAUGA